AUGGCUUCAGUACGUUUACUGAAUGGCAAAGCUUCAUGGCGGCGUUCGUUGGGGCAUGUACUAGUGGCUUCUCUUUCUUCAUUCUUAUUUGGUUACCAUCUUGGAGUAGUCAAUGAAACCUUAGAGAGUAUUUCCAUUGAUCUUGGCUUUAGUGGGAAUACCAUGGCUGAAGGUCUUGUAGUAAGCACAUGUCUAGGAGGUGGUUUUGUUGGAUCUCUGUUCUGUGGGUGGAUUGCAGAUGGAGUUGGGCAUAGAAGGGGUUUCCAGUUGUGUGCUUUGCCUAUGAUCAUUGGGGCAUCAAUGAGUGCAACAGCAAAAAGCCUUUGGGGUAUGCUUUUGGGAAGGUUAUUUGUUAGAACUGGAAUGGGACUUGGCUCACCUCUUGCGGCUCUUUAUGUGGCUGAGGUCUCACCUGCAGCUGUAAGGGGUACUUUUGGGAGCCUAACUCAGAUUGCAACAUGUCUUGGACUCAUGAGUUCUCUCUUUAUUGGACUCCCAGCCAAGCAAAUGGUGGGAUGGUGGAGGAUUUGUUUCUGGGUAUCUGCCAUUCCUGCUGCAUUACUUGCCCUUUUCAUGGAGUUCUGUGCAGAGAGUCCUCAUUGGCUUUUUAAGAGAGGAAGAAGCAUUGAAGCUGAAGCAGCAUUUGGGAAGCUAUUAGGAGGGAUACAUGUGAAACCUGCAAUGGCUGAACUUUCAAAGUCCGACAGAGGCGAUGAAUCCACCACAGGAAAACUCUCAGAAUUACUCUAUGGCCGCUAUUUCAGAUUGACGUUCAUUGGAUGUACGCUUUGUGCUUUACAGCAGCUAUCUGGCAUAAAUGCCGUUUUCUAUUUCUCUUCAGCCGUUUUUAAAAGCUUUGGUGUACCGUCAGAUCUUGCAAACACAUGUGUAGGAAUUUGCAAUUUAUUGGGGUCAGUACUUGCAAUGAUUCUGAUGGAUAGACUUGGAAGGAAAGUGCUUCUCUUGGGGAGCUUUUUUGGCAUGGCCGUAUCAAUGGGUCUACAAGUCAUUGCUGCAAGUUCUUUUGCAUCAGGAUCUGGAGCAAUGUAUAUAUCUGUUGGUGGGAUGUUGAUGUUUGUCCUGUCAUUUGCUGUUGGUGCUGGUCCUGUUCCUGGUCUCCUCCUCUCCGAAAUCCUACCUGGCAAGAUUAGAGCAAAGGCAAUGUCUAUUUGUAUGGCUGUGCAUUGGGUGAUAAACUUCUUCGUUGGUCUAUUAUUUUUGCGCUUGCUGGAGCAACUCGGGGCACAACUCCUCUAUACUAUUUUUGGUUCAUUUUGUGUAAUGGCUGUCAUUUUUGUGAAGAAAAAUGUCCUCGAAACAAAAGGCAAGUCACUCCAAGAAAUUGAGAUUGCACUUCUUCCACAACAACAAAACUAG